AUGGCCACUACAGCACGAGCUAUCCGCCUCGUCGCCUCAAGCACAUCAACCACCCAACGCAGCAUCCUAGCCGCACACCGCCGCCUGCUGUCCAUCACAACGGAAGCCGCCGGCGCCGGCGACCCUGCCGUCCACUCCGGCGAGCCGCCGAGCGACGACUACGCCGACCGCCCCCCGAAGUUCUCCGUCGCCGAGGAAGCCACCAAGGGAUCAGACGACAAGCACACGUCAGCAACGACGCCACGGCCGUCGGAGUCGGCGUCCACCACCACCAAAGAAGAGCGCGUCCCGCCGUUCGGCCCCUCGGGGAAGCUCGGUUCCCAGGAGCUCGCGGACCCGGCGGCAGGCUCGACGUUCACGCAGAAGCGGCGCCGGUCUUCCGCGCCCGCGGGGAGCGACCCUCUCGGCGACGCGACGCCCGGGGACGAGGAGGCGGCGGCGCGCAAGGUGAGGGAGGAGGACCGGGAGUACUACCGGACGCACAAGCCCUCGCCGCUGGCCGAGGUGGAGUUCGCGGACACGAGGAAGCCCCUGGCGCGCCACACGGACGGCGGCGCCGAGGACAGGAUGGAGCACGAUGUGGAGGGCACGAUGGUGAGGGACACGGCCGACGCGUCGCUCGCCCGCGCCGAGGCUAUGUUCCGGGAGGCCGCGUCGCGCGGGAACCCUGCGUGGCCGCACUCCCGCGCGCUCGCCGCCAUGCUGGCACGCCGCCGCGGGGAGGGCGAAGCUGGUGACGGAGGCACCGCGCCGUGGGGAAGCUGA